AUGCCUAGAUGUAACUAUAUAGGUAUUUGUGUGCCCACCGUGGAAGCUAUAAACGUUCGUAUCUUUCGAGUCGCCAAAGUUAUGCGAUUGAUUCCCAAAGAGAUUAUGCAUGUGGAGCGAAACGAGUCGCUUGAUUCGUCCGAUGCUUCACGCCAAAGACAAAGAGCGCUCAGGGCACUCAACAGUCAACUGGGACCUUCGGAUCAGAAUGCGUGA